AUGAACGACGCAGACAGCUUCCAGAAUGAUGCGCUAUGGAGGAAUUUCUCACAGCCGGAUGUUCAAGAAAAGUCGCGAAAAUCACGAAAAGUGUCGAUCGAGCGAUGGCAGCACAUUCAAGAAAUCGAACGCGAAAACGGCUCGGACGGAUUCAAACGACCGCGACGGCCAAAGAUCACUUUCGAAGGUCACAUUCUAUUGCUCGAUACUUGCAGAGCUGGGAACGAAGAUGAACUACUGCACCUUAUCUCUAAUGGCGUUGAUGUGAACUGUGUCGGACCUACCGGAGAGACUCCCUUAAUUCUCUGCGCUGCAGCUGGCCAUGCUCGUUUGGCUCUUCACCUGGUCAGGGCGGGAGCAAAUGUCGAUGCUUUCGACAUGGAUGGCUGGACUGCCCUGCAUCAUGCCUGCUACCACGAUCACUACAGCGUGAUGCUCCAACUGCUCGAAGCAAAAGCCAACGUCUUCGCCGUCGAUUUCGACCUAAACUUCCCAAUCAACCACAUUCGCCACAACUCACCAUUGCUUCUCACCAUGAACCGCCAAAUGACGAGUCGAAAAGGAGUCAACCCAGAAGUAAUCCGCGGCAAUCACUCGAGAAUUUUGAACGAAAUGACGCUGAAUAUGAUCGCAAGGACAAAGAAGGCGAACUGCUUUAUUUCUGGACUCAAGGAUUUUAAAAACGAGGAGACUGGUGUUACCCUCGCUCAUUGCCUGGCUAGCUAUGGACUUCAUGAAGCGCUCCAGGUCAUCAUCGAUUUGGACAAAGAAGUCGUCAAUAAAAUCGACUUCUCCGGCUUCACUCCUUUACACUGCGCCGCAAAAUUUGGCCAGCUCGAGUGUCUAAAGGUGCUACUCAAAGCUGGCGCUGAUGUUAAAGCGAUGGACAAAUACCAGAUGACAGCUCGGAAUUACUGUUUCCAACCUGAAGGCCGCGCGCUUUUGGACGGAGUUCCUGUAUUAAACGAAGUCGAUGGGAAGCAAGCAACAACCAAGAAGAACAAAAAGAGUUCAAAGAAAAAGCCGAUGAUGCUCCGAGGAAACCAAAAGAAAGCAUCAAAAGACUGCAAAAAUCAUACUGGUGGAGGCGUUUGCUCCAAAUUUAUAAUCCAGGAUCUCCGCCGCUACGAAAUCACGAAUCACUUCCUCCCAAUCCGCCGAAUGAUCGUCACAUCCGUCAACUCUGCUCCUCGCGUUCCACCUCGAAAUCUUCAAGUUCCUUCCAGAAGUGGCCCUGCAAGUAUCAUGUCAAAAAGAUCGACGCGGUCGAACUCGACUCGCUCGAAAACAGAAUCUUCGGCGGACUCAAUUCAUGAUGAAAAUCCAUAUUCUGUCGUCGGAUCUCAUGUUGAUAUUACGCCGAGAUUGCCGCUUGAAAUGUCGACUCCGCUGAAGAGGGAUGAUAUCAACGAGGAGAAUCACGAAGAGAGUCCACUACCACCAGUCCUCCCGCCGAAAAAUGAAAAUCAUCAAAUUUCCCCGGCGAACAUCUUUUUCGGUUCUGAAACUGGGCCAUCGACUAUCCAGGAGAGUCGAAAAAUCAACCGCGAAGAAAAGGAUGAAAAUGAUGUCUUCAUCGAGCAGAUUCCAGUUCAACGAACGAGUAACUCAAUUAAAAAACCACCACGAAAUUUUUCUUAUUCAAAUUCUUCACAGAGCCCGAAUUCUUCAAACGAAAUCAAAGACGAGUCAAGAAUAAAUGAAACGAUGAAGAACUCAUUUUUCAACCAAAACUACGGAGAAGCUGAAGAAACUUUACCGCCAGCGCCGAUUUUGCCAGAGAAAUUAAUCAGAUCUUCGAAAUCUUUUUCUUCAAGAAAAGCCUCUCAAAUAUUUACCUUUUUAGUUUUUCUGAGAAAUUUCUGA